UCUUGGACUUCUUCCUAUUCUUUGGCCUUCUUGGGUCCUUUCUUGGUAGUACUUGUGGUUGUCUUCAUCGUCGAACCAGGCGACUCUUGGCUGGCAUCAAAGCUUUCAACAAGACGUCCACCACCCUCCUCUUUUCCUUCAUCGUUCUCAAACUCUUCUGGUCUAAGUUAUUCAUGGUCGCCACCUUUGGCUUUCCAUGCGGGGGAAGAGAUCGCACCAGAAGCACAACCCCCUUUUUCUCCUUCUCCAAUUGCGCUUCCACCAUCACCAUAUUUGGCUUUGCAUGAUGCAGCCUGGAGUCCUCUGCAGAGCCCAAUUUCUUCUGUAUCCCUUGACACCUUUUCUCCUUCUUUCUCCCCGCCACCCUCGAGCAACAUGGGCCCCUUAGCUUCACAACUGACUGAACCAGAGGAGAAUGCAAACGUGAACAGAGAAGACAACAACAGGAAGAGGAGAUUCGAUAAAUUAAGCAAAGUUGAAGCAUCUCUUGCUAGAGCUAGAACGGCCAUCCGGAAGGCCGCCAUGUAUGGAAAUCACACGCCCAUAAUGGAUGCAGAUUACACCCCCUGGGGACCAAUUUACAGGAACCCGUUCAAGUUUCACAGAAGCUACAUUGAAAUGGAGAAAACGUUUAAGAUCUAUGUAUACAAGGAAGGGGAGCCUCCGUUGGUUCAUGAUGGACCAAGCAGGAGCAUAUACUCUACGGAAGGUCGAUUCAUUCACGAGAUGGACAAAGGAAACAGAUUCGUUACAAAUGAUCCAGAAGAAGCUCAUGCUUUCUUUCUUCCCUUCAGUAUAGUGAAAAUGGUCCAUUUCAUUUUCAUCCGCCAGAGGCGUGACGCCAAGCCAAUCAAGCGCUUCGUGGCCGAUUACAUCGACGUGAUCUCCAAGAAAUAUGGGUAUUGGGAGAGAAAUCGUGGCGCAGAUCAUUUCAUGGUUUCCUGCCAUGAUUGGGGGCCUAUGUCGUCGAAAGCAAGCGCUUAUCUGUACAACAACUCGAUUCGAGUUCUCUGUAAUGCCAACACCUCCGAAGGAUUCAAUCCGGCGAAAGACGCUUCGCUGCCGGAAAUCAAUAUGAGAACCCAUGACCUCACUCAGAAGGUUGUUGGGGGUCCCUCGCCCUCUCGCCGGCCAAUCCUCGCUUUCUUCGCCGGAGGAAUGCACGGCCCCAUCCGGCCAGCCUUGUUGGAACAUUGGAAGGGAAAAGAUGCAGACGUCCAAGUCUACGAGUACCUGCCCAAGAAACUCGAUUACUAUGACCUCAUGAAGAAGAGCAGGUAUUGCCUCUGUCCAUCUGGUUAUGAAGUCGCAAGCCCAAGAAUCGUGGAAGCUAUCUACUUGGGAUGCGUCCCAGUCAUCCUCAAAGAGGGCUACGUUCUUCCAUUCAGUGAUGUGCUCAACUGGAAAUCUUUUUCCGUCACCGUGCCGGUGUCGGAGAUCAGAAACUUGAAGAAGAUCUUGAUGGGGAUCUCGACGAGAAGGUACCUGACAAUGCAGAGGAGGGUGAAGCUGGUGCAAAGGCACUUUCUUGUGAACAACCCACCGAAGAGAUAUGACAUCUUCCACAUGAUUCUGCACUCUGUGUGGCUGAGAAGGCUUAACCAGCGGCCUCACAUCGGCUUCAAGAACUGGACGCGCUUUUGAUCUGAAAGCUUCCGAAGGUACAAUGGUGUUCGGACUGGAGUCGACCAUUUCCGCUGCAAUAUACAAACUGGGCUUGGGGCUCUGGAAGUUUUGUUGGGAGCUUAGUUUUUCUGAA